AAAUUGAAAUAAGUCCGAUCCCUCUUCCAGAGUUGUGCUGCCGUCUCCGUUCUUUUGCCGAUUGAAUUAAUCGGCGUUUUCCUUCUUUUAUUAGACGUUUAAUUUAUGCAUAGGCUGUUGAUUCAAUUUGAUUCUUAUGGAAUAACAUGACAAAGUCAGAUCUUAUUCGCAGCAAGCGCCGGGAAUUUGAUCAUCUCGGUGAUUCUUCUCCAUUGCCUCGGAAAAAGAGCAGACCGCUGCUCGCCAAUACAGCCACCAUAGAUAUACAACCUCUUGGACCGCCUCUGGUUUCAGGAACCACCGGUUCUUCAUCGGAGUUGAUCCGUCUCGAGCCGUAUCAACCGCACACCAUAGGCCGAUCUCCUCGGCGCUGUGAUUCAGUGUUCCAAGACCGUAGAGUCAGUAGGAGGCAUUGCCGAAUUUUGUUUGAUGCUGUGGAUCGUAAAAUACGCAUAGCCGAUGGCGUUUACGGAUUCGAUUCUACUAGUUUUUCUAGGGCUAGGGUUUCGAUGAAUGGAGUGUUUGUCAACGGGAUCAGGAUUGCGAGAGGGGAAUUUGUCGAGUUGAGUGCAGGCGAUGAGGUCUCUCUGGUUUGUGGAAAUGAAGGGGUUUGUAGUUUGGGGGUUCGAAUUGGGUUUGUUGUGCAGAGAAUUGUAUUUGUGGAGGAGGCUUUUGGUGAAAACGUGUCUAAUUCCGGAUUUGCAGCAAGUGGCAUGUACCCAGGCCGUGCCAUUGCUGGAUCACGGACUAGGAGAGCCAUGGCAAGAGUGAAUUUACUUUUGAGACAGUGUAGGCAUAUUCGGCAUAGCAACAGCCCCUUUUCAUGUAUUCAGAAGUUCACUAUUUCACGUGGAGUGAAUGGUAUAUCAGGUUUCAUGCUGAAUGAUGAUGUUAAGCUUACAGUGGCAGGCAAACUAGCACUGAAAGAAGUUGCUCAGGUUGAACCAGUGCCCAGCAAGGAUUCGCAUUCUGAGAAGAGUGUGGAAGAUGUAAAUGCCAAUAGAGCAAGUCUGAAUUCAAUUCUCCACCUCAGAGAUAUGGCAGUAGUUUCUGAUGUGAACCCUGCUCCUGAGUGUUUCAAUGCUAAUGCUAACCAUGUACAAGGAAUGGAACAUAUUGCAGCACCUCGUGAAAACUGCAAUACCAAAGGUAACUGGAAGACUUCUUCUCCUUUGGAUUCAAUGGCUAAAAAUAACUCUACUCAGUCUCACUGGGCUGCAAAUGAUAAGAAUCCUAGUGUUUCGAUUCCUUCACCUGGGAAUAAGUUUUAUUUGAACCGCCUUCAGUCUUUGGGCCAUGAUUCAUCAGAUGAUCAUGCUGUUAUUUCCUUGCCAGAACUUCUGUAUCCCGUAGAAAGCCUUUUGCAAAUUUUUAUUGCUACUUUCACAAGCGAUAUUUUAUGGUUUUUAUCAUAUUGUGAGAUUCCAGCCCGCCUACCGGUGACAAUUGCAUGCCACAACAGUGAGCGCUGUUGGAGUUUAUGCCCAGAUAAAAGAACCUCAGUGCCAUUCUCAGAUUUUCCAAACUUGGUAGCGGUGUAUCCUCCAUUUCCUGAGGUCAUAGCCUUUGGUAAAGACCGCAAGAAAUUGGGCAUAGCUUGCCAUCAUCCAAAGUUGCUUGUGUUACAGAGAGAGGAUAGCAUCCGCGUUAUCAUUACUUCUGCAAAUUUGGUGGAAAAACAGUGGAACAGUGUGACCAACACCAUUUGGUGGCAAGAUUUUCCUCGUACAAGCAGGCCUGAAUAUUUCUCUCUUUUUUCCAAAUUCUCUCAUGAGGAUAUAAAUCUAGAUUCAAAAUCUGAUUUUGCUGCUCAGUUGGCUGGAUUUAUGGCAUCUCUACUUGUUGAUGUACCUAGUCAGGCCCAUUGGAUUCUAGAGUUGACUAAAUAUGACUUUAAGGGGGCAGUUGGUCAUCUGGUUGCUUCUAUACCUGGAAUUCACUCUCCCCGAGCACCUCCUAUCUUGGAAUCAAUGCACUGUUUACCUGGUAAGCAACAUGGAUUGCUUUCAUCUAGUGAAAAGGUCCUAGGUUCUGUUGAAACAUCUGUAGUUGGUUUAAGCCAUCUUUUUCACACUUCAGCGGAUUCAAAUGGGGCACAGCUGAAGAAGCUUGCUUCUUUCCUUGGAAAGUGUCGUGAGAAUGUACAUGGGAUGUUGGAGAUUGUUUUAAGAAGAAACACAAAUAUACCAGCUGAUGCAAAUGCUAUAAGCAUCCUUGUUCCUAAUCCAGAAGGGAUCUCUGAGGGAGAUUGUAUCCAACUUGGUUUUCUACCAAGAAAUGUUGCGAAGUGGGUUGCUCCUUUAUCAGAUAGUGGCUUAUUCAGGUUUUCUGGAUAUGUUUAUCCAAAAGAAGUCCUUGCAACUGCUUCAGAAGGAAACAUCAGCAAAGUACAGAUGAUACUGUACGUGUCACAGGGAUCUGUCUUUUCGGACAUGUCAGAAGUAUUGCCAUCUGUACAGGUUUCAGCAAUAUGUUCAUUGGUUGCAUCUAUUCAGAGAUAUACAGGCCUCUGGCGACUUCAAGAGGUUUUACGCGGUUACAAAUGGCCAGAACAUAUGGAAACUGAUUUCAUUUUCGCUUCAUCCUCAAUUGGGUCAAUAAAUGCACGGUUCCUGGCUGCAUUUUCAGCAGCAGCUGGAAAGACAUCAGUGCAGUUCACUGACUCUGAGGAGUCCGAUCCAGAUUGGGGCUGCUGGAGUGCAAGUCAAGAAUUAAAAAAUCCAUCCAUCAGAAUCGUUUUUCCCACAAUAGAAAGAGUGAAAAAUGCAAGCUGUGGAAUCUUAGCUUCAAAGCACAUUCUCUGCUUCUCACAGAAAACAUGGCAAAGGUUGAGGAACAUAAACAUACUUCAUGAUGCUGUUCCUUAUCCGAGAGAUAGAGUUAAUCAUCCAAUGCAUGCCAAGAUUGCCAGAAGACGCUUCCAGUCUAAGAAAGAUGCCUCAUCCUUCGGAUGGGUGUAUUGUGGGUCACAUAACUUCAGUGCAGCUGCUUGGGGGCGUCCAGUUUCUGAUUCAAUUGGGAGAAAGUCCGUGAAGACAAAUCCUGUGCUGGGUUCGAGACUUCACAUCUGUAACUAUGAGCUGGGCAUCAUUUUCAUUAUUCCCCCAUCCAAUACCACGGGUAGUCCCAACCAAAAGUAUACAAGUUUGGAUGACAUUGUGUUACCAUUUGUUGUGCCGGCCCCAAAAUAUAGGGCCGGUGACAGACCAGCUACGGUGCAGGCCAUGAGAGAGGCAUUGGCUGAAAUUAGGGAGCAAGAGAGAAAAGGAUUUAUGGAAUCAAUUACUCCUGAGGAAUUGAUGGAAGGAGAAAUCUCGGAUGAAGAUGAUGAAAUUCUAGAGGCAACUGAUUAUUUCACAAAAGAGCAGGAAGAUGAGAAAGCUUACGCCGAGGAACUAUGGAGCCAAGUUGAUUCAUCAGAGACGUGUUGAGUUUUCUUUCAUACCAGAAGCUUCGAAGGGGUCAACAUGCUGCCCAAAUAAAUUGCAUGCUGGACAAAAGUAAUAAAUCAUUUGAUCACAGGUCCAUACAUUUAGUCCUCCGGAGAUGCUUUAGAGAAAUGUAAAUUAGCUUGGAGGGGAUUGUAUGCAAUUGUUUUUAGAUUAGUGCUAAGAUCCCAUUCUUCUAUUGAUUUCUGAUUGUAUUGGGGGUUUAUACAGAUCUCCAGUCUCGGACGAGGGGAUUAUGUUUCCAUUAUAAUAGCAGUAGCAUGGAAGAAAACAAUAUGAAAUAGAAAAUGAAGUAAAAAAACAAAACCUUGCUUGAGCCAGCAGUUUCCACGAGGCCAAGAGCUCAAAAAUGUGUUUUGCCCG